AUGGAAAAUAUGGAAAAACAAGAAAUUAUCAAACUUAUAAUUAAAUUACUUUGGAUCACUAAAGGAGGAAAUGAUUUUUCUGUAACAUUUAAUGGAAAAUUCGCUACAGUUUUAGACCAAGAUAAUUCAACUUCUGUGGCUUUGGAUAUAACCAUAAAUGAUGAAAGAAUUCUGAAUAAUGCAAAUAAUGAAAUUAUUAAACAUAGUGAAAAUUUUAAUAAACAAUCUAGUGCUAGUAGUAAUUCACAACUGAACACCUUAAGUCUUGGUAUGAGAAAUGACAACACAAAUAAAAAAUCAAAUCUUUUAGAUAAUUCAGACAUUUCUGCUUCUGUAGCCAAAUCUUUAACCUAUGAAGAAAGCAAUGUUCGAUCAUCUAAUGCAAUUGAAAGAGAUCAAGGAAAUAAAACCCAAGAUUUGGAUUUGAACAUAGCAGGAAUGAUGAUUCAGGAAGACGAUUCAAAUGAUUUAGUUUUUGUGGCAUAUUUAAACUAUGAAGAAAGUAAUGGCCAAUUGCUAAAUCAAUUAUCUAGUUUAGUCAAAAUGAAUCAAGAAAAUAAAAUUCAAGUUUUGGAUUCUAAUAAAUUAUUACAAUACAAUAACCUACAAUCCGAUGAGUAUGCUGACUCUACUGAAGAAGUUGAUAAACAAAGAUUUGAUACAUUAACUUCAAGAUUUUCAAAAAGAAAUUCUAGAAAACCAUAUCAAUCUAAAAUUAAUGAAAAAUUCAAAGUUUCCAAGACAAUUAAAAAAAACAAACCUAAAUUAAGUAAAACUAAGAUUAGGCAAAUUAGUAAUGAACUUGUUAACGAUUCCAUAGAACGUGUUCCUUCAGAUUUGACUGAGGACGAUUCCUUACCUAGUGUUAAUGAAAUAUUGAAACCGUCUAUAACUCGAAGCAACCAUUCUAGUAAGGAAACAAACAUUUCACACCCUGAUGCUGAAACAAGCGUUAUAGAAAGCAAUAGAAAUCCAUCUACUUUAUCGUCAAAUAUUAUUGAACAAAAUCCAUCUGAUGAUAGACAAUAUCCAAUUGUUCUAAUCCCAACAAAUGAACAUGAACAAAAAAUGGAAAAACUUCCAACUCAGAAAACCUUGCGUGGUUUUGUUAGAGAAAAGAUCAAAUCAAUUUUAAAUAUUGAUGAUAGACAGGAGUGA